GCCACCGAGAUUGGAUACACUCUGUUGAGAUUUGUGUGUUAAAUCUAAUCAUGCAGUAGAUUUUUGAGUUUUGAACGGUUAGGGUAAUUUCACACGCCGCUUCGCUGCGUUAUUUUCUUACUACUAUUUGUGAUUAGGAACUUAUAUGUUUUUAAUUCAGUGGGACAAAGUUUUACUCUAUCUUUUAUUAAUGGGAGAUUAGACUUUGCGGUGCUAUUAAUAGAUCAGAUGGAUACUGAAAACCAGGUCCAGCAAUAUGGAGAAGUGAACCAACUAGGUGGUGUAUUCGUCAAUGGUAGACCUCUUCCUAACGCUGUACGAUUGCGGAUAGUUGAAUUAUCUCAAGUGGGUAUUAGACCUUGUGAUAUCUCCCGACAGCUAAGAGUUUCUCAUGGUUGUGUUUCCAAAAUCUUGGCCAGGUACCACGAGACGGGAUCCAUACUGCCAGGUGCGAUAGGAGGAUCGAAACCUCGGGUGACAACGCCUAAAGUAGUGGCCUACAUAAAGAAACUAAAACAAAAAGACCCAGGCAUCUUCGCUUGGGAAAUCAGAGACCGCCUGCUCUCCGACGGAGUCUGCGACAAAUACAACGUGCCUUCAGUCAGUUCAAUAAGUAGGAUACUAAGGAAUAAAAUAGGUUCUCUAGUUCACACCCAGCCGUACAAUCACCCGUCCUACACAUCAAUGUAUCCCACAUAUCCAUACCCGCAACAAAAACUCUCCCCUCCGCCCACACAAAGGCACAACACCCUCCAUUGCUGGCCGAGUUCUCAUUCGGUCACCGAUAUCCUCGCCGGAGUCCAAGCGGCUAGUUGUUAUAGACGAUCUCACAAUAAUUCAUCACCCACUCCGUUACCGAACUUACUGACGGGAGUACAAACUGGUUAUAGAGGGUCCCACGGGAAUCCCCCAGCUUCUUCACUGUCUGACGUAUUAACGUCGGGGACACCUCCGAGAGGUGUGGAUCAUUUCUCGCAAAACUACAAUUAUUAUAUGUAUUUUCAAUCAGGCAAUACGUCAACAGCGAUGCAUAUGGUGAAUGGUGGUAUGGGAACGAUGCCUCUGGCUGGAUCUCAAAUCUAAUACCAAACGCCACACUGGAGCGACAUUGAGCAAGUUUUGAUUCAAGACAAACGCGUGUUUCCACAAAAGUUCAUUUUAACGAUUUUACCAAGAUUUUAUACCGGUUACGGGUCACUUUUAUAGGUGUUCUGGGAUUUUCUUUUUCUAAUUUUUUUUCUCACUACUUAGAACGAUCUUGCUAAAGUUUGUACACAAAAUGCUACAAAGACGACUUUAAAAUGAACUACUUUGGAGUUAACAAUUUGGUUCGUUUAGUAUCGAAACCGCAAAAAAAUGCCUGCGUGACGUUAUCAAAAUGUGGCGCACCAGUAAGAUUACCCGAGAAUACUUACUCGUUCGGAAUGUAUAUAAUGUAUAGAAGUUUCGUGAUAGUAGAUAUUGAGUACAUUGAGAAAAAAAAUCUUUUUAAUAUAAGGCACGUUCAAAAAGUGAGAAUUUAAUAUAUUUGAGUGAAAUUUACAUUUUUCUAUAUAAACUCCAUGCAGUCUUUAAAUACUCUACUUUUAUACCUACCGUUGUUGGAACCUGUUUUUCACAGUCUACGUCACCGGAAUAUGCUGUCCACCUUCAAAACUUCAUAUUAUGCGUGAAAAGUGCUCUUUAAAAGAAUAUGUGUCUUACAAACUACUUUUCGGUACUGUUUUUGUGGUUUUUUAUCAACAUUACAUUAAUUUAUACAAUGUGCCUUUGGGGCGUUCCUACCUUGUACAUUUCGUCCCAAAAAAACUAAAAAAUUGUUGUAAUUUAAGAUGAAGUGCCUAAUUUUGAUAUUCCACAUACUGUUUUGUAAAAUAAAUACACUUAUUGUUUUCUAAUUUUAAGAAAGUGACUUGUCGUUUUACUAUUUAUGAAUAUAAAAAAUAAUAAAAUCUAUAUCCGA